AUGAAUCCAGCAAGACCAGCAGGCUCAGUGAAUCAACCAAGACCGACUGGUGCUGGGCAAGGAAUGUCGGCUAUGGCCAACCUCGGAAAGGAACAAUUAGCUAUUACCGAUAUGAGAUACGAGCUUUUGGAUCGAGAAAUCAAUAGAUUGGGACUGCUGAUGGAACAACUGGUUGAUGCUUCCCGAGUGAUGGAUCCAAAUCCAAUUUCCACGAAAUAUGUAAACAAAACUCAAAAUGAAAAGGAUGAAUUACAAUUAUCAGUAACCGCAGCAUCAAUGGUUGAUGCCUGUCAAAAUCUUCUUCGGCUAACAUCGGAUUUGCAAAAUAGCUAUUUAUUUUUUGAUUUUGACCGCAUUGAAAAUACACAAGCAAAUUAUUUGAGUUAUUUGGAGAAGCAAAACAAUAAUAGCGAACAAUCUCAACAAUUGUAA